AUGACAGCUGCCGAGCAGGAAGUGCCCGAUAGCGGCGCUGCUGUUUCUCUGCCCAUUCGCGCCAAUGGCUCAGAUGCCGCGCCAGCAUCCAGCACUGCGCUGACGGGAAAACAGGAGCACUACCUGAAGCGAGAGCUCAUUGCAGACCAAGUCAAGUGGGAGAUCAACGAGCUCAACUCCCCCACAGCUCUGCAGCGCUUCGGUGCGCCCUUCAAGUCGGAACAGGGCGAAGUGUCUCCCCAGGAAUCAGAACUGCCGAUUCUGCGAUACAUCUUUGUCCACCAUGUUCGCGAUUUCCCGUUUCUGGACAAGGCCAAGGAGAAGGAGUUUUGGCAGGACAAGCUCCAAGUCUUUCUCGAGUCGUUUGCCAUGAAGCAGAUCUCCUCGUCCGAAGACCGUCUGGAGGAAACGAAGCGGCGGAAGCUGGCCAUCAAGGCUCAGAAGCUGGUUGAGUUGAUGAUGGUUUCAGGCAUUCCCACCUCGUCCGGAUUCGAAGAGCGCAUCAAGUUUUCGGAAAUCGAAAUUGUAGAUAGCAACGCCAUCGAUAGGGGCGUUAUGAACACCCUCCCCGAAGGAAACUACAUUAACGGCUGGGACGUAAAUGUGGCUGGCGUUCGCGUCACUUCGGUCAAGCGCAACAUCAGAUACCACAAACACGCCGAGUUCAUUCUCCGAAUCAAGAGAAAAGGCGAGCUGGAACACUUUGUCGGGCGACGGUAUGGCGACUUUAGCAAAUUGCACCGAAAACUGCGUACCGAACUGCCUGGGAGAGUCAUACCUACACUUCCCAAGAAGAACAAGUCGGAUACGCGAGCAAGCGGACUGCUGCCGACAUUUGCUACAGGAAACGACUCUGAUGCCUCUUCUGUGUCUUCAGAAUCAACUCGGAGAACGAGUAGACUGUCCCAGAGCUUUGGCGCAGCGUCGCUACUAUCUCCCGCAGGUGGAUCGAUAAGAUCAUCUAAAUCAAACCGCUCAAGGAAGGUUGCUUCUCCUCGGCCAUCUGUCGAUGGUCAUGUUAGUUCUGGAACAGGAACUCCUGAUGGGAAGCAAGAGUUCAUCCUUUGGCGAGAGAAUCAGAGAGUCUCGCUCCGUGCUUUUCUACGGUCCCUCUUGCACAACCCCCAAAUCGCCAAUACUAAGGCCAUGGUAGAAUUCUUCAGCGGCGAUCCCAUCACACCGACAGACGAAGACGUCGAAGACAUCCUGAGGCGCAAGGCACUUGAUGAGAAGCGUAUGGAGGAGCAAAAAGAGUUUUACGAGAUUGCUAGGAGACGUGCCGCUGAGCUUGAUGAGUACAUGGAGCAGUUCCGGCGGGAUAUCGUCGAACGCAAUGGUCUCACGCUGCUGUUCAAAGAGAUUAAGGAAAAGCAGACGAUUGGCGAUCUUAGCAUUCAAUACCGCAAAUUUGCCGAAUGGCUGAGGAUUGAAAUCGCUGCCGUCGUAUAUCACCUUUUCUUGGCCGAAGACAACUCAGCCGACAUGUUUGCCCAAGCCAAACGCAUCCAUUCUCUUAUUCCAUAUACCGUUGUAAAAAAUGUCAUUCGAAUUGCGAAUCCUGCAGCGGUCAUGUCCGGCAUCCUGGACAUAUUUCUCGCCCAGCCCUUUGGAGCUCGAUCUCUUAUGCAGCGAAUGUUUUCCUUGGCAUUACACGAUGGAAUCCGAAGCUUCCAGAGAUCCAUUGACGCGCUUGACCUCAAGAUUGGCGACCCUGUCUUCACAGAGAAGAUUAAAAAGUACACAAAUGCCGAGGAAGAUAUCAAGAAGGAAAUCCGCCGCCAAGCCGAAGACGAGGAUCUUGAUAUCAUCGUGGUGAUACUGAGAUCAGACCUUAUCGAACCCGAGUUGACGGGCGAGCAGAUUCAGCGAUUGUUCAACGCAUAUGUUGCCUUCAACAACGCCGUCGAGAACAUUGAUGAGGAAUUGAAGCAAGGAGCCCAGCUCUUUUCGUACCUCAAGCAGCUUCUCAAGCUUUGCAUGCGCCACAGAGAUAAGACCAUGCUGCUACAACUGAUUGAGGAGUCCGUUACGCUACAGCUCCUGAGAGACCUAUUUACCAUCUUCUAUGAGCCUCUCGUGCGGGUAUACAAGUCGGCCAAUGUAUAUAAUAGCGUCACUGACUUUGCCGUUUUCAUCGACGACAUGAUCAAGGUGGUCGAAAAGUGCAGGGAAGACGAUGCAUCUGCAGAUCCUAACCAGACUGUUCAAGCAUUUAUCGAUCUGUGCGCGAGACAUGAGCACAAUUUUUACAAAUUCGUACACGAGAUCCAUACACACGACAACGGUCUCUUUACUCAGCUUAUGGAGUGGAUAGAGGGCAUCUUGGAAUUCCUCCGCAAGGGGCCCAAGAACGGCACGCUGAAUGUCAAUGCCUUGUUCGAAGGCGGCGUCAGCAGUGGCAUCAUCAACAAGGAGAAGGCCGUGGAGGAGAUCAACGCCCUGAUUGCAUGGCAAGAGGCCCGGAAGAAGUGGCAUAGCGACAAGACGCAGCAGAAGAUGGCAGCGGAGGGAGCGCCAGGCAGCGACAUGAUGCCGACCGGCUUCAGCUCGUCCGAUUUCGGCCUCGACGGCGAAGACCUAGAGGACUUGGCAUACGACGAUGGUUCGGAGACUGAGGCGGAGGAGGAAGACGACAUGGAUCCGAUAGAUGCUGAGAGGCAGAGACGAGCUAAGAAGCGUGACCGUCUGCGUCGUUCAGCGGGAGAGCCUGUGAAGCCGCCGAUUUCCGAGGUCCACAAGCUCAAGGAGAAUUUCCUGAUUAUGCUGAGGAAUGUCUUGGCUGACUAGAUGAGGUGACGGGGUUCAUGAACAAGGUUUUCUGCGAGCGGCGGAUGAGCAACAUUGGGCAAUGCAUUAGAGAGAUCAUUAUGUUAGUUGCGCAAGCGAGGACAUGUUUUUUUUUUUUUUGUUGUCUUAGAAAUCGAUGAUGGAAAUUAUAGAAGUAAAGCAUCCAGGCCGUUUUGGGCUGCAGAGAAGGCGGAGUGAAGUUUUGAGAGACAGUGAUUUAGAGUUUAUUUCAUCCGUUGACGUUGCCGUUGGGGGCAGAAUCCCCUUGUUAUGAUAUGAAUUUAGGUAGCUUGCUUGUACAGGUGCUAGAAACAGAAUAUAUCUCUUUGUAAAAG